AGUAAGCGCUGCGGGCUGUUGACGCUGCGAUCUGCCUUUCUUCACCAUUAUUUCAGUGGAUCUGUUUCGUUUUAGGUUUUAAGUUGAUUACUUAAACUAGCAGAAAAUCCAGAUCGAUUUAAAUAAAGGACAACUGGGAUUUUAGUCGGUGUGUUUUCAAGAAGCAGGAGAGCCAGAACAAUGAAAGGACGGGAGCUGCUCAUUUUCACGCUUUUGUCUUUCUGCUCGGUGAGAGCACAGAUCAGCUAUUCUAUUCCUGAGGAAAUGCCCAAAGGAUCUUUCGUCGGUGAUGUUGCCCAAGAUCUGGGUCUGGAUGUGAAAAGACUGAGAUCAGGAAAGGCCCGCAUUUAUACUGGGGACAACGCGGAGUACAUGGAGCUGAAUACAGAAAAAGGAGUCCUCCUCGUUAAGGACAGAAUCGACAGAGAGAUUAUCUGCGSGCAGACAGAGCCGUGCGCCCUUCAUUUCCAAAUCAUUUUAGAAAACCCGAUGGAAUUUUACAGCAUUGUGGUCGAAGUCACGGAUGUCAACGACAACGCCCCGAGUUUUAAACGAGGUGAAAUGAAUUUCAGGAUAAGUGAGUCGGCUGUUACAGGCACAGCUUUUGCGCUCGAGCAGGCGAUAGAUCUGGACGUGGGUAAGAAUGGUUUGCAGAAUUACUUGUUAAAUCCAACAACUAAUUUUGCGUUGAGGCUGCAGAAUCAAGCAGAUGGAAGCAAGAUGGUAGAAAUUGUUUUGCAAAAAUAUUUAGAUAGAGAAGAGAAGAAUCGCCUCGCUCUUGUUCUAACUGCUGUAGAUGGCGGUGAGCCCCAGCUCUCUGGAUCAGUUCAGAUAAAUGUAAAUGUGCUGGACAGUAAUGAUAACGCUCCAGUUUUUACACAGAAAUUAUAUAAAACUACCUUGAAAGAAAAUUCCCCUCCAGGAACUGCAGUGAUUAAGGUUAGUGCCUCAGAUUUAGAUGAGGGAUCAAAUGCACAAAUAUCAUAUUCAAUAAUUAWCUCUGCUGAUGACACAUCUGAUAUAUUUAACAUUAACAAAAGCACUGGUGAUAUUAAACUGGUGGGAAUCGUUGAUUUUGAAAAAAAGAAACAAUAUCAAAUAUAUGUCCAGGCAACUGAUGAGGGAGAACUAAGAGAUUCCAGUGAAGUUAUUGUAGAAAUAACUGAUACAAAUGACAAUAAACCUGUAAUAAAUGUUAUGUCGAAAUCCACUGCCAUAACAGAGGAUGUUAAACCAGGAACUGUUGUGACAAUAAUAAACAUUCUGGAUCCAGAUUCAGGUGAAAAUGGAAACGUUCACUGUUAUAUAAAUA